AGAGAGAGAGAGAGAGAGAGGGACACCAACAACCAAAAAUAGCUAUAGCAACAGCCCACAAAGGGAAGCGAAGCUGGUCAAACCCAAACACUUCCGAACAUGAACAAAUAAGCAAGAGAUCAUCACAUCUUUACAAGGUGGAAGACAGUGGAACAAGUGGAGGUGGAUCUGAGGGUUAAAACACUCAUGCAAACAUGAAGCUAUCAACCUUCCACAUCCACCUUUGCAGCCACUACUUACUUGCACCAAGUCGGUCAAAUGGCUCCAUUUAUACCACUCUCCACUCCCACCUCUUUAAGAGCUAAAGGAGCCUGAGAACAGGAACCAACAUCUCUCUCUCUCUCUCUCUCUCUCUCUCUCUGAGAGACCACUAUGGGCAGGUCUCCUUGUUGCGAGAAGGCUCACACGAACAGAGGAGCAUGGACUAAGGAGGAAGAUGAACGCCUCAUCGCCUACAUCAAAGUUUAUGGCGAGGGCUGCUGGAGAUCUCUCCCAAAAGCGGCAGGCCUUCUUCGAUGCGGCAAGAGCUGCCGGCUUCGGUGGAUAAACUACCUGCGGCCGGGCCUCAAGCGCGGCAACUUCACGGAGGACGAAGACGAGCUCAUCAUCAAGCUUCAUGGGUUGCUUGGAAACAAGUGGUCUCUGAUCGCCAGCCGGCUACCGGGGAGGACGGACAACGAGAUCAAGAACUACUGGAACACGCAGAUCAAGCGCAAGCUCAUCGGCCGCGGCGUCGACCCUCAGGCUCACGGCCCGGCCAACGGCUGCGCUGGCCUCGCCAUUAAUCCUUCUCGCCCACGAGGCGUCCCCGUGGCAGUCGACGAAGCCACUGUGAACCCACCGUCGACCGGGUUGGCCGAGGACGGGCACAGCAGCGUCACAAGCAUGGACGACGAGCGCUGCCCCGACCUCAACCUCGACCUCUCCAUAAGCCCUCCUUGCUCGGAGGCCACGGAGGCGACGCCGAUGUCAGGUCCACCAUGCGCUCCGGUCAUCUGUCUGUGCUGCCAUCUGGGUCUGCAAGCCAGUGAAGCAUGCAGCUGCCAAGCGACUCCAAUCCGCCAUGUUCUCAGAUACCAUAGAUCCUUGGAAGAAGAAGAAGAAGAAGAAGAGCAACACAUUGAUUGGUUUGUCCAUGGCUACUGAUGGAGUUUGACCACUGCAGCAGAGUGAUUAACCAUGUUGCAGGGUGAUGAUUCUUUGUUACAGGAUGUGGAGAAUUUGGCAAUGUUUUGGUUGCAUUUGUUGUUGAUGCAAUGAUGCAAACAAAGAUUGGUAUGACAGAGUCUUGUCAUUCCAUGUUGGAGAGCA